GGUAAUAAUCAUAUGGGCAACGGACACGUUGGUAUAAUUUCAUCGGACUUAUUGUGUUUUUUUCUCUCGCAUUAGCAAGAAAACACCAGCAGGACUUCACUUGCUUUCAACUUCACACUGACAGCAGGGUUAGCCUGUAUGACUCUUUGAGAAUUACACCUUUGGAAACCUUGAUAGGCUACCGCAGCUAUACUUCCGCUGCAUCACCACUGAAACUGAAUGUUUGUGCAUGCUAUGAAAUGAAAAUGACAGUGUCUGUGUCAAGUGCCAACAGUCAAACGGUCUAACCAGCCUCCGUCUUGAAAGAAGCUGGCUUUGGGAAUCGAUCAGAGUGCGUGCGGUAGGCAACCCACAGCGACAGUCACUACACUGCACGCUCAACAGACUGGCGGGCUGCUGCUCGGGGACUAUGGAGGAGAAAUCUAAGGAUGCCACCGCUAAAGAUCAAGAAGCAGCUUCGUCCUCUCAGAGAAAGAUAUGGAAGAAUUUCCCGAAACCUUUCUUAAGUCCAAAACUAGGGUCCGAGAGACGCAGUGGGGACGGCAAAAAGGAGUCCGGUUUAUGGAUGUUUAAACGAAAGAAGAAACAGGUUUUAGACCGUGUGUUCUCAUCAUCACAGCCUAAUCUCAGUUGCUCUACUCCAUCGCGCUUCGAAGGUGAUAAGACGCUCUGCGGUAAACCGGACCCGGGUAGUGCAUCGGGGCUUGCUGUGUCCCCCUUGGUCACCGCCGAUGGAGAAUCUACAAGCAGGCUACAAUUGCCCGGACAUGGAAGCCCUAAGCUCGCACUGUCUCAUUUGGUGAUGUCCCAUCAAAAGAGCUCGUCCUUGGGCUCGGCAUGCUUCGAGAAACUGGUGGUAGACUCUGGUGCCAGCAGUGAGGAUGAGAUGGGGAAACAUGCCAGUGAUUCUGGGAUUAACAUUGUGGAGCCGAGUAAUGCGGAACCCCCUCCUCCUCCACCUCCGCCUCCGCCCCCUAAGCCCAGCAUGUACCAGCUGGACAUCACCCUGAGAAAGGGCAACAACCUGGCCAUCAGGGACCGAGGAGGGACCAGUGACCCCUAUGUGAAGUUCAAGAUAGCGGGGAAGGAGGUGUUCCGCAGCAAGACCAUCCACAAGAACCUGAACCCGGUGUGGGACGAGCGGGUCUCCCUGCUAGUGGACACGCUGAGAGAGCCACUCUAUGUUAAGGUCUUCGAUUAUGACUUCGGACUGCAGGACGACUUCAUGGGUUCAGCCUACGUCUAUCUAGAAUCUCUUGAACAUCAGAGAUCCCUGGAUGUGACCCUUGACCUUAAAGACCCCCACUAUCCUGACCAUGACCUGGGCACUCUGGACCUGACCGUAUCGGUGACCCCCAAAGAAGGGGACCUCCGAGAAGCUACCAUGCUAUUGAGAAGGAGCUGGAAAAGGUCCAGUAAGUUUCAGCAUCACCAGAGCCUGCGGCUGUCAGACGUGCACCGGAAGGCGCAGCUGUGGAGGGGGAUCGUGAGCAUCAGUCUGAUCGAGGGGCGUGGCCUCCAGCCCAUGGACAACAACGGCCUCAGCGACCCCUACGUCAAGUUCAGAAUGGGCCAUCAGAAGUACAAGAGCAAGACGAUACCUAAAACCUUGAACCCCCAGUGGCGGGAACAGUUUGACUUUCACCUGUAUGAGGAACAUGGCGGCUUUAUCGACAUCACUGUGUGGGACAAAGACACGGGGAAGAAGGAUGACUUUAUGGGCAGGUGUCAGAUUGAGCUGUGUCAGAUGGCGCGGGAGCACACCCAUCGGCUGGAGCUGGCGCUGGAGGAUGGCGAGGGCACACUGGUGCUGCUGGUCACUCUCACCGCCUCCGCUGCCGUCUCCAUCUCCGACCUGUCCAUCAACAUCCUGGACGACCCACAGGAACGCCACCAAAUCAUGCAGAGAUACAGCCUUCUCAAGUCCUUCCACAACAUCAAGGACGUGGGGGUCGUCCAGGUGAAGGUCAUCCGUGCCGAGGGACUCAUGGCCGCUGACGUCACCGGGAAGAGUGACCCUUUCUGUGUGGUGGAGCUUAGUAAUGACCGGCUGCAGACGCACACUGUCUACAAGAACCUCAACCCGGAGUGGAACAAGGUCUUCACCUUCAACGUGAAAGACAUCCACUCUGUGCUGGAAGUCACCGUUUACGACGAGGAUCGGGACCGGAGCGCCGACUUCCUGGGCAAAGUGGCCAUUCCACUGCUAAACAUUCACAACGGCGAGAGGAAAGCUUACGCCUUGAAAAGCAAGGAGCUGACAGGGCCAACAAAGGGGGUCAUCUUUCUGGAAAUAGACGUGAUCUAUAAUGCCAUAAAAGCCGGGAUGCAAACACUAGUGCCCAUUGAGCAGAAGUACAUUGAAGAGGAACCCAGAGUCUCCAAACAGCUCCUGCUUCAGAACUUUAACCGUGUCCGGCGCUGCAUCAUGGUGCUCAUCAAUGCUGGCUGCUACAUCAACAGCUGCUUCGAGUGGGAGUCUCCCCAGAGGAGCAUCUGUGCCUUUGUGCUCUUUGUCCUUGUCGUGUGGAACUUUGAGCUCUACAUGAUUCCUCUAACCCUUUUGCUGCCGCUGGUUUGGAACUAUAUUCUCAUCUCCUCGGGGAAGGACACCAGGCAGGGUGAUGUGCAAGAUGUGGAGGACUUGCUGGAGGACGAAGAUGAAGACUAUGACAAAGACGACAAGGUCCCGGGGUCCGUCCGCUCUGAGGACGGCCGCUGGCCUGAAAGCCAUAUCCUUGAGGAUAUGUUGGCUUCCUGGCACUUUGAGUGGAUUCGCGUGAUGGUGGACUCGGAGAGAAAGGGCUUCAUGAACAAGCUGUACGCCAUCCAGGACGUGUGCAUCAGUGUGCAGAAUGCCCUGGAUGAAGUGGCUUCCUACGGAGAGAGGAUAAAGAACACUUUUAACUGGACCGUGCCUUUCCUGAGCUGGCUGGCCAUAGUGGCCCUGUGUGUGGCCACCUUCGUUGUCUACUUCAUUCCCCUCAGAUACCUGGUGCUGGCCUGGGGGGUGAACAAGUUCACAAAGAAGCUGCGGGACCCAUACACCAUUGACAACAACGAGCUGCUGGACUUCCUCUCCAGGGUGCCGUCGGAUGUGCAAGUGGUGCAGUAUCGAGAGCUGAAACCGGAGCCCGGUCAUAGCCCAAAUAAAAGAAAGAAAAAUAACCCAGGAUAGCCGCUUUCCCCGCCCACCCCCCGGCGCCCCCGACUCCCACGUGACCCUCCUCCUGUGGAGUCUUUCUCAGCAGCACUUUGCCAAGGAGAGGAGAGAGCAACGAAGGACGAGAAGAACUGCAGUGGACUGAGAGAAGAGAACUUUUGUCUUUCUUUUCUUGCGUCUCUCCUCCACCUCUCUCAUCGUUUGGCCCCCCUGUUUUGUACAAAUGGAAGUCAAAUUGCCGUUGUAAAACAACAGGACCACUUUUCUCUUUGUUGUCAUGAUGGCAGCUCUGAUACGGUCCAUGGUGGUUGGAUGCCACGCAACUCCACACAAUGACGUGGACAGUUUUUAACAGCCAUAAUUCCAGUGGUGAGAUGCUACUUGGUGUUUGUUUGACUGAAGACAUCCUCACAUGCACUUGGUCUCAAUUACCAACAUGUUGGAUGCUCUGGUGUCAAUGUGUUUGAUUUGCCAUGUUCAGAUUAUAAGCAUCAGAAUACUUUUUUUUUUUAAAGAUGCCAUGGAUUCUUUCUCUUUUAGAAUUCAUUUUGGUUUACAAAAAAAACAAACAAAAAAAAAACUAAACAAAAAGAAUAGGCAUAACGCACUGGACUAAACAUCUGUUUUUACAUUUGACUUUGAUGAAUCUACACUACUGUGCUGCGUGCUCUUUAUUUUGUAGUGGAGAAUGCCAGUCUUUGGUCUUUUUUGGAGCCCUGCAUGAACACAAUAGCCUUAGAGGUCCUCGUGCUCCAGCCAGCGUUGACAUUUACCGCUCAAGCGCUCCCACUCGUGUGCCAACCCCUCUGUGUGUCUCUUUGCUCUGCUCGUGGGUUAAACAGACCAAACGGCCAGUGCCGAGCCUGCCCUCUGAGAGAUGGAGAGAGAGAGAGAGAUGGAAAGAGAGAGAGAGAGAUUGUUACAACGGCAGCCCCCUUGUGAUGACAUAGACCCAUCGGCCGUAUUUCAGAGCCUUCAUCAGGCAUCAAACGAUGCCCCCCCCCCCCCCCUCUCUCCUGUGGGCUUGCUGCUUGUGGUGCCAUGUCGCUGAUAGAGAUGUCCCCACAUGCAGACGCAAACACCAGGCUGCCCGCGAGCCCAGCUGUAAUCUCAUUUGAAAGGCUGCCUGCUCUGCCUGCUCCCUCGCUCUCAUUUCCACUUGUACCACUUCAGUGGGCAUCAGCGUCCUCUCUCUCUCUCUCUCUUUCUCUCUCGCUCCCUCUCUCUCUCUCUCUCUCUCUCCUCUCUCUCUCUCUCUCUCUCUCUCUCCUUUCUCUCUCUCUCGCGUUUUCGCCUGAGGGCAGUGUUCUCUCUCCCCAUCUGCCCCACCUCCUUUGCCCAGCACUCAACUUUGAUCUCUCUUUUAGGAUGUGUGAGAGAGUCUGGUUGCUUGGCACUGUUGUAUUGUGUAUUGUGUGUGUGUGUGUGUGUGUGUGUGUGUGUGUGUGUGUGUGUGUAGCUCUUCACUGCAGUUUUUUGCUGCAUCGUCUGCGUCAACAUCGAGACAAAAGAGGGAAACUGUCGAUUUUUUUCCCCCCUCGUUCGCUCCCCUCAGCCCCCCAGCGCCUAGUGCCCAGCCAACCCCCCCCCCCCCCCCCCCCCCCCCCCCCCCCACCACCCAACUCCCUCCUUCUCCGAGGUCAUGUCUGUGUGUUGGGGAAAGAGUUGUGACUGGGUCCAGGGCUCUCUGCUCGGGGAGAGUCCAGAACUCCGUCCAUCUAAGACUGCUCCCUAUGCAGCUCAAAGCCCCUCACAAGGAUCGAAGGAGGGCGGGUGUUGGGGAGAGAAUUUCACUCGUUCGAGUAAACAUGGGGACUCUGUCUCAAAGGCCAAGCCAGUUUUGCUCCUCGUUAAAGUACCAUACACCCUGUUAGCUCAGCAAUUCAUUCUAAAUCCUCUCUGUGCAACAGCUUUAGAGAGAUCUGUUAAAGGCUGAAUGUGUACGUGUAUAAAAUAAGUUUCGAAAAUGUCUGUGGUGGGUAAGUAUUGUGCGGCGUUUAGCAUCCCAACGCUCUCGUCUCUAGCUGUUUUUAUUUUUUUUAAUUUAUUUCAACAUUUUAAAGAUGUCCAUGCUGUGUUUGCAAGCAAACCAAAGUCAAUUUAUGAUGAAAUAGAAGAGAAAUGGAUAUAGGCCUACAUAGAGAAUGUGAUGUAUCUGUAAAAAUGCAAGCAGAGUAAGCACUUUCAUUUGCAACACUUUUAAACUUAUUUAUCGAUUUCCUUUCUUUCUUAAUUGUGUAAAUGAGACACUUGAUAAUUUAUCGGUGUAUUGUACAUGCUUGUAAAUGGUCAAAUGUUUUCAAUUGUUGUAUAGAUGUUUGUGUGUCCUUUGUAUGGAUUUGAGCCUGCUGUGUUGCCUGUGACAUCAUCAUACUCCCAGUUGCUGACCAAUAAGAUUUCAAAGGGCAGAAAUGGAUAUAUAAAGGGUAAUGAAUAAGAUCUAUCAAUGGAGUAUCAACAAAAUGCACCGGUUGUUAUGUCUGCAAAUUUUGAAAAAAGUAGAGGAAAAAUAUUAAAUAUUUUUUAUUGA